CUAGAAAUGAAUCACUGUUCGUAAUUGAAUCCCAACCUCAGACAUUUCAAUUUGUGUUCUCUAUCCUGCAUACAAUAUGCAUCCAGCUCCUCUGGUGGCGAGAGUUCCUGCGAGGAAGGACGAAUCCACAAGCCACACUUGAGACCCGUAGAACCACCAACCAUAGUUCUUGACCCGGAUAUGCCCAUAUUGCUGUCCAGUGACCCGGACUACUCAUCCAGCAGUGAGCAUUUCUGCGACAUGGUCAUUUACAUCGGGCCUGGUGGGGCCGCUAUUUCAGACAGAGAGUUCAGCGACAACUAAAGCCCACCUUCCUUUGUUCCAAUUAUUCCCUCACUAAACAGGAAGCGCUGCAAAGACACCCAACGGCCAGAGGUGGAAUACUUCAAGUGCAACACAUUUGCGGAGCUCCAAAAGAGACUGGAGUACAUUGAUGGCAGCGAGGACCCAGCUGCCUUCACUGGGAGGGCAAGGGGGCACAAAUAGCCCCAAUGACUCACAGUGGGCCUACCAAAAGCCCAGAGGAGGCUCUGUCCCCUAAAGCUGUUAAAUCCCCCUUCCAAAAGCCCCUUAUUAGCACAACAACCACCCACACAGCUGCCGGUAAAUUUGAGCACGGACAUUCCAAAUUGUCCUCGGAUGGGGGAGUCCAAGAGAGUCAAAAAUGGACAAGUGCAGAUGGGGAAAAGGUUCUGACCUGUGUGGUUAAACCCAGCAGGGUUUUGUCUCAAGAUUCAGAGUCUUUGGUGCGAGAGAAGGUCUACCUCAACAAAGGACCUACUGUACCUAAGCUCUCUUUCUCAAGAUCCUCCAGAACACCCUCUCAGAGCCCGGAUGCCAUCUGCCGUGCACCCCGUUGGCAUGAGUCAGCAGGCCCUAAGGCAAGGGGUCCCCAGUCUAGGAGAGGGCCCAUCAUGGCAGGAGUCCCAUUGGGGUGAGCCAUCUUCCUGGAGAGGGAUGUCUUGAGGACCACGGUCACCCUGCAGCAGCCUGUUGAGCUGAAUGGGGAAGGUGAGCUGGUGUUUACAGUGGUGGAGCACCUGCCCAUAGGCCUGGUCCCAGAUAAUGGGCGGCCCUCCAGCAUCAGCAGCUUCAACAUUGACGGCUCCCUUCAGGCCCUGGCCUCAGGACCCCGUCCUUUCAGCAUCAUUAGCAGCAUCAAUGAUGAGUUUGAUGCUUACACAGUUCAAGAGGGUGCAUCUGGGGUGAGCUCUGAGAUGACCACAGCCUCACAGGAGGAGCUAUUUGCCCAUCAUGGUAGCAGACAGUCUUCCAUCGGCUCUUGGCAGAGCGAAGUGAGCACGUGCUCACUGGAGAGUGAAGGCACCCACUCGUCAGGUAGAUUACUACAGAGAGAUAUGUGCAUGGCACCGGAGAACACCAAAAUAUUGUCCCCCACUGGUAUAUUCCAGAGGGAACCUUUCUUGCAGCAUAGUGUUAAGAGCUCACAAAAUGAGUUGGACAGUGACCCCGCCACCCCAAGCAAUCUGUGCCUAACUAAUUGCCCACCUUCUCCUUACUCUAACAAAGAAUUCUCUGAGGCUAUAAAGAGAGAGCCAAAACUCUGAACAACUCAGCAUCUUCUCAGAUCCCACACCAUGCUGUUCACUCCAGUCUUCCCAAGAAAACCAAGCCUACCGCAUUAGUUGCUCCAAGUUGCAGCAGGCAGAAAGGCAAGCAAAAUGACCUCUGUUUGCAUGGGGACGUCCAUUCGGAUCCAAGAAUGACUGAAUCCACUGUGGCAAGUAAGACACCCAGAAACAGCAUGAGUGGCAUCUCUUUCAGGAAGCCAGGAGGAAACAGCAACAGUGUACCUCGACCACCAAAGGCACAGUUAUCCUCCUCGACUCAGAGGGUGGCUGAUGGUUGUGAGGAGACCAUGAGCAGGAUUCCACACCUCAGGCGAGGUGCCACCACUCUUGGCACAGUCUCAGUCCCUCACAGUUCCUCUGAAUCAAAAAGGGCCGCGAUGGCACUUCAGAAACUGAUAGUAUGAUAUUCGCCUCUUUGGGAAAGAGGGAAAAUGGACAGAAAAGCAACAUGCUUCUAAAAUCUGGUUCCGGCAGCAUCUCUUCUACUGCUCCACCUGUUUGCAAAUCAAGCCUCGUUCAAAAUACAAGGAUAAUCUUAUCUCCUAGUGCCUUAAGGGCAGCCAGCGAUGCUGCAAGGUCCUUAUUACAUAAAACAUCAGUCUCUGAGGAGGAAUUUAAUGUUCGAUUGAGAAGGGAUUUGUUUAGCUAUAAAACAUCCAGCUUGAAUACUGACCUUGGCUCAGGCAUGACAGUGUCAAGCCUGAAGACACGAGGAGACAAAGGCGAUUCUGGAAGGUACUAUGGUAGCUUGAUGUCCUUGGAGAGAUGUGACAUUAUAACCAUAGUGGGGUCCAAACCUGGCCUGUCGAGAGAGAAUAGCGGCAGUACAUUAGGAGGCAAUGGAAAAUCCAAUAGAUCUGUGCCAAGACUUGGGGUCCCCAACUCUACUACUUCCAUGCCCACUGCUACCUCUCCUCCUUCCUCUACCACCUUUGCAAUGACAAGCAAGUUGGGACAGCUCAAAGUUAAUGUUAGUCCCAGGAACAUGGUUUCCAGAGGAUCAAAGGCUAGAACAUUGGCUGCCAGCAGUACUAAGACCAUUAGCACCUCCACCAAAUCCCUCGAUGCUCCAACAGCACGCAAUGCUAGCUUACCUCCAACUGGGAAAUCCGCAGCUCGGUCUGUGGCAGGGGUCAAUGGCAAGCCUGGCAGGGGCACUAUCAUGGGCACCAAGCAGACCAUCCGGGCUGCCAACAGCCGAGUUAGUGAGCUUGUGGAGGGAAGCCCAAGGAAACACCUAAGCAGGGGUUCAAGGGCUGUUGGGAAGAACAACGAUAGCAAGCCAAGCGUCAGCAGGUCCCCUGCCAGCCCGCCGCUACCUUCGCCCUAUAGCAAGAUUACAGCCCCGCGGAGGCCCCAGCGUUACAGCAGUGGGCACGGCAGUGACAACAGCAGUGUGCUCAGCGGGGAGCUGCCACCCGCCAUGGGGCGCACCACGCUCUUCUACCAGAGUGGGGGCAGCAGCGGGUAUGAGAGCAUGAUCCCAGACAGCGAGACCACAGCCAGCGCCUCGUCAGCCCACAUUCCAUGAGCGAGAGCGAGGUGUCCACCUCCAAUAGGAGUAGAGUGUCGAGUGUUAGUUACACCGAGAAAGUUCUGUAACAAUAUCCAGACAGCUAUAGCACAUCAAACACAACUCAUGAUCUCAUGAACUUACUUGUGAAAUACUUUUAAAAAAUUAUCAAAUUCAACAAUAGGAGCUAUACAUAUUCAAAUACUUAUAAUUUGGACUAUAUGUUUUUCUUUGAUAUGUGAUCAAAUACAGUAUACAGUACAUACAACAUUUUCUGUAGCUUUCUCACUCUAGUAGAUUAUUUCUGUUCUAUUGAAAAGUGUGGAUGGGUGACAUCCCUUCUGCUUAAAACAACAUUCCAUGCACACUGAAGCGAGUAAAGGUGCAUGUUUUCAUUCACUGUAUUUUAUUGUAUGAAUUUGCCUUGCACAUGGAUAUCUCACAAACUGUACAUAGCUAUUUUUCAUAGACCUAUGAAUAUAUUUAAAUGCACAGUAUGUCCUCCACCUAGCAUGAUCAUAAAUCUCUAUUCAAGUCCCGCUGCAGAAAACACUCAUAAAAAUCAUUCAGAUUCACGUGCCUAUUCUAUGUAAUUCAUAACAGCAACAGAUAGGAUCUAGUGCCUAAUGCAAAUGUAAUCAGUGCUUGCCGAAGGAUAUGUGAUCCUGGCUGGCUCAAUGCAUCAGCCUGUGUAUCUUGGCACGUUUUUGCCUCAUGCAUAUUUCAAGGCAGUGCCUCCGCUAGAAUAUUCCUAGUGUUCAUAUCCAACUCCAACUAACAGCCAUACCCCAAUGACUCACUCCCUUGUUCCAGGGCUCCAGCGGCGUCGUCUCAUCCCUGCUCCCCUGCCGGACACCUCCUCCUUGGGCAGGAAUGCUGGCGUCCCGGGACAGUGGAUGGACCUGGGAAAUUAGUAAUCCCACAAUGAAUUGUAACGGACCGCCAAUAGAGGGCUCAAGGACAGUGACAUUCUUUUACAUAACCUCGCCUGUCAAUUGAAGCAAAUUUUGGCUCAUAUCCAGGAGGAGAAAAUAAGCAUAAAUGCUAGAUAUCAGACCACGUUCCUAUAGCAAUAAAUCUGUAUCCAUAUGAAAUUGCACUUUAACUUUACACUUGCUAUAAUAUUAUCACACUUAUGUUUCUGUCAAAUUCUUAAGCCUCCUACUACUAAUCCCCAGUCAUUUUCUUGCAUUUCUCUGGAUUUCAUUGUAGCUCAUUGCCUAACUGAUUGAUUAAGCACAUAAUAGAUGGAAUUAAAUUAAGCCUAUUCUAUGGGUCUAAAUCAGUAUGCAAUCAGAUCAAUUUAAGGAACUGGGAGUUAUAGUCUGAAUUUUCUAACUAACUCAUAUCACUGCACUGCAGAUUAAUACAAUAACAGCAUUUAUACUGUACAUAAGGAUGACCUUCUAUGAAAGCGUGCCAAGACAAAGACUGCCCAUGACCACAAGUUCUUUCCCAUUCUUUCCCAUUAACCACAAAGGCUAUGUGAAAUAAAAAAUAAAUAAAUUGCCUCCAAUGAAGCAUCAUCUCUGGAUCCAUUUGCAGGCUUUGUCACGUCCGAGAUUGAAUCAAAGCCAUUAGUAAAAA